AUGGCGUCUGUUGGCGUAUCGUCUGCGGUGUCCGCGGACCCUCCAGAGCCUCCGUCUGGGCUCCGCUCUUCGUAUGGGUCGGCGAGCGAACCGCUGUCAAGUUCGCCCUUGCCUCGGCUCGCCGCCCAUGCAGCCCCCGGCGCUUCCGCAGCGUCGGCCCCAGAGGUCGUCGCGUUGUCAGAGAGGAGCAUUCGGUACGUGCCUGCGGCGUCUACCCUCUCGGCUUCUCCCGGCACGUCCCGCGCAGCUGCACAGCCGCCGACUCUGCCUCUCGCGCAGUGGCUCUUUCCUCGCGAAAACCUUCCGCCGCUCUUCUGGACGAAGGCGAAGGCGCCGGGGGCGGGUCUCGUCAACCCCAGCGCACUCUGCUUUAUGAACGCGGUGCUGCAGGCCCUCGCGUACACCCCAGGAUUCGCCGAGCACUUGCUCGACGGUCGGCACACGAGCACGUGCCCCGUCGCCCUCACGCGUCGCGAAGCAAGAAGACGCAAAGGCGAAGGCGAGACCGAGAGAGACAACGGCGCAAGGGAAGACCGCACGCAGUCUGCGGGAGGCCUGGGGUGCGCAUACACCCCAGGCCGCCCGGGAGAGGACGGGAGGCGAGCGAGCGACGCCAGGGGAGGGCGACGGGAGAAGGGACAGCCGGGGACGGUCUCGUCGGACGUCUCUUUUUCGUUCUGCGUUCUGUGCAAACUGGAGGAGCAAGUCAAGUCGCUGCAUCGGCGCGGCGGCGGGUGCGUGGAAAACCGCUUCAGCUCGUGCGUGCGGCAGUUUGUGUGGAAAUCGUUUCGCCAAGGGAGACAAGAAGACGCUCACGAAUUCCUGCGCUUCCUCCUGGACGCCCUGAUCCGCGUCCACAACUCGGGAAGUUCCCCGCUCUCCAGCUCCACAAAGAAAGAAGCGCCGCCGGAAGUGUGGAUGACCAGCUUGUGUGGGCAGAUCUUCGGAGGCUGGCUCCAGUCCUCGAUUCGUUGCUCGAGGUGUCCAUACACCAGCAUCCGCUUCGAUCCCUGCCUCGACGUCCCCGUCGACUUGGGCAGAGACAAGGGCGACGCAUCUUCCCUCUUCCGCAUGAAAAAAUCCAAACGCAUGAAGAAACACGAAUUCGACAGACACCGGGCGAAAGCAGACGGUGUAUGUACACUCGAAAAAGCACUCCACAGAUUCGUCCAAAAAGAGUACCUCGACGGCGACAACUGCUACAAUUGCCCCCAAUGCAAGAAAAAGCAGCCGGCGACGAAGCAGUUGCAGAUCCACACGCCGCCUCGGAUUCUGGUGCUUCCCAUCAAGCGCUUCACCGUCUCGGGAUGCUCUGCGUUUUCGUUCGGCUUUCUGGACUCGGCGUUCCUGGGCAAAAACCACACGGCCCUCGCGUAUCCUUCUCUGCUCAAUUUGACUCCGUUCAUGACCCCGCCCCAGCGUGACACGGGCGUAACCGAGAAGGCCUCGGCCUCGCUCUUCUCCCUCUCAGCUUCUGUCUCUUCUGCCUCUUCGGUCUCUGUUACUUCGGUUUCUUCGCUCUCGACGUUCGUGUCAAAGUCAGGUGCCCUCGAGGCCGAGCGACGCGACGGGUGUCCCGCUUCCCCCCAGACGUGUUCGACGCGAGCUUCGUCGGCCUUCUCCCCGUCCCCUGCGGGCUCGCCGCCGACCUCGACGUCGCCAACGCCGUCGUCGCCCCCGUCGCCCUCGCUCUACCAGCUCUACGCAGUCAUCACGCACUCAGGCUCCUCGCUUUCCAGCGGGCACUACCGAUGCUUCGUCAAAAUGCCCACGCCGCCCGCCUCUCUUUCCGGUGUCUCCGCUGUCUCUCCCGGUGGGGACGGGGGUGUCUCUUCUUCGGCGUGGCUGAUGCUCGACGACGAGAUGGUCCGGAUGGUCAGCGAGACGCUUGUACUCCACCGUUUGCAGGAGGAAGCAUACCUUUUGUUUUAUGCUCGCGUUCCUUCCCCAGAUGACUUCGUUCGCCACGACUCGCGACGCGCCCGUGGGCAAAGCGCGACUCCGAGCGGCAUUCCCCAAAACACACAAGAAGAAGAGACAGAAGAAAGAAGUGAAUCUCCGGGGAGUCCCUCGUCAUCGGGAUCGGAUGACAGCGAUUUGGACAGCGACGAAGUCGUUCCGUCUGACCUCUCCGACGACAGCUGGGCCGGCGACUCGUCUUCACGGUCGAGCGAAGACGGCGAUAUGUUGAGGGAGUUGCUGGCGAAUGCCGCGGAAGAGCGAGAAAGCGGGCGGAGACAGCUGUCGGCUUUCCUCAUCCGGCGAGAAGCGCAGGCUUCUCGAUUUCUCUCCCGCCGACUGCGGACUGUCCUGCGCGCUGCAACGUCGUCGCUUCUCCGCGCGGCUCCUGAAGAAUGCGACAAACGAAAACAGGAGCUCCUCGAAAAACUUGCAGACGAAGACGAAGAAGAAGAGGAAGAAGAGGAAGAGGACGAAGAGGAAGAGAACGAAGAGGGAGAGGAAGAAAAGGACGAAGAGGAAGAGGAAGAGGUUGCGAGUGGGUCUGUGGGCGUGAGGCAAGAGACGGGACAGAAGAGGAAGCGAGACGCUAUGGUGUCUAGAGCAGAUAGGGAGGAUGGCGAACACCAGGCAGGCACGAACAUCAGUGCGGAGCUGCUCGGGGACGAGAACGCGCGCGGAACGGCCAAGAGGAAGGAGACGCGGACGCGAAGCUCUGACGGAUCCGGUUUCAAGAGUUUUCACAUCGUUACGCCCGAAGACAUGGUGAACAGAAUCGCGGCGGCGAGAAGCUACACGUCCCAGUACGGCAUCCAGACCCCUGGAAACUGGGCAGAUGACAGCGACGGGGGAGAAGAGACAUCAGCCCAGCAACGAGACGCCGCCUUUGAGAAGCUCCAGGAGAUGCAGCAGCCAAGAAGUGCCCGACGCGAGCGCCACGACAGAGAAUACGAUCGCGGAAAAGUUAAGAAGGUGAAAAGGAAGGAACCGAAACCGACUGUUGGAGCGUCGGUUUCGCACGAGUCUGCUUCGGCGGAUCCGUCGCUCGUUGUGCACCAGCGCGCUGCAUUUGACAAGGUUUUGGCUGAGAAGAAAAAUAGGGGCCAUCGCAUGCAGCGUCUGGGGGCUGCGUCUGGAGCGAAAGCGUCGCGGAAGUUCGGGGAUAAGGGAAAGGGAAGGCACCAUGGCAAGGGGAACAAAAAAUGGAAGCACGGGUGA